AUGGCCUUCAGGGCAAAGGCGGACAUGCGGAUGGCAGGGCCCUGGCUGUCGCUGUGCCGGGCACGCGCACUGGGAGCCGGAGCUUCUCUUGUCCCCAAGGCUGUGCUGCCCUUUGAAGCCAUACCCCAGAGUCCUGGCAACAAGUGGGUGAGGGUGCUGCAGGUCUGGAAGGAUAAGGGCUCCGAGAACUUCCACCUGGACUUGCAUCGGACCUUCCAGGAGCUGGGGCCCAUUUUCAGGUAUGACGUGGGAGGGCCACACACGGUGUUCGUGAUGCUGCCCGAGGACACGGAGCAGCUGCAGCGGGUGGAAAGCUCUGAGCCCUGGAGGACACCUCUGUACCCCUGGCUGGCCUACCGAGAGCACCGUGGGCACAGAUGCGGCGUGUUCCUGCUAAAUGGGCCCCAGUGGCGCUCGGACAGACUGCAGCUGAACCCAGACGUGCUGUCACUGCAGGCCACCCACAAGUUCAUCCCCAUGGUGGACCGGGUGGCCAGGGAUUUCUGCAAGGUCCUGAAGGCAAAGGUGCUGCAGAAUGCCCGGGGAAGCCUGACCCUUGACAUCCAGCCCAGCAUCUUCCACUACAGCAUAGAAGCCAGCCACUACGUCCUGUAUGGAGAGCGGCUGGGCCUCCUGGGCCAAGGCCCGAGUGCUGCCAGCAUGGGCUUUCUCCAUGCUCUGCAGGCCAUUUUAAAAUCCACCGUGCAGCUCAUGUUCAUGCCCAGGAGCCUGUCACGCUGGGUGAGCUCCCCGACAUGGAGAGAGCACUUUGAGGCCUGGGACUACGUCUUCCAGUAUGCCAACGGUGCCAUUCAGAGAACCUAUCAGGAGCUGGCCCUCAGCCCCUCGCAGCACUACAGUGGCCUCUUAGGGGAGCUUCUUGCGCAUGCAGAGAUGAGCCUGGAAGCCAUCAGGGCCAACUCUGUGGACCUCACUGCCGGGAGCGUGGACACGACGUCCUACCCCUUGCUGAUGACCCUGUUUGAGCUGGCCCGGAACCCCACCUUGCAGCAGUCCGUACGCCAGGAGAGUCUGGUGGCCGAGGCCAAGAUCUCUGAAAACCCCCAGUUGGUCCUCACGGAGCUGCCCCUGCUGCGGGCAGCUCUCAAGGAGACCUUGAGGCUGUACCCCGUGGGUAUCUUUGUGGAACGCCGGGUGAGCUCAGACUUGGUGCUGCAGAACUACCACGUCCCGGCCGGGACCCUGGUCAAGGUGUGCCUCUACUCUCUGGGCCGAAACCCCAGCGUGCUCGCCAGGCCCGAGAGCUACCAUCCGCAGCGCUGGCUGAACUCGAGGGCCGCCGGCAGCAGGUUGAUGCACCUGGCCUUCGGCUUCGGCGUGCGCCAGUGCCUGGGGCGGCGCCUGGCGGAGGUGGAGAUGCUCCUAUUUCUGCACCACGUGCUGAAAGGCUUCCUGGUGGACACGCUGACGCAGGAGGACGUGCGGAUGAUCUACCGCUACGUCCUCAUGCCCUCCAGCCUCCCCCUGCUGACCUUCCGGGCCACCAGCUAG